ACGGCGUGACGUUUUACUACCGCAACAGAGAAACAUGAGGAUUCUUGCUUCGCUUGGCGUGGGAUUUUGGAGUCGCUGCGCGACAUCGCUGUUCCUACCUGCGACGCCCCGCCGGAGUUAUUUUCUCCCUGCGUUGAGCGUUUGGUUGCUCGACCGAGAGGAUUCCUGACAUGGCACGCGACGGCAGCUUCUGCGGGCUUCCGGCUUUGGCGGCGACGGUGAUCGUCCUCGGCUGUAUUGUCAUCCCAGGAGGCCUAGCAGGCCCAGGAACCCCAGGGGCCCCAGGAGCCGCAGGAGGCCCAGGACAGCCAGGAGGCCCAGGAAGCGACGGAGGUGCCGGGAGCCCAGGAAACCCAGGUGGCGGAGGAGGCCCAGGAGGCAGCGGGGGCCCAGGAGUCGGCGGUGGCCCAGCAGGCGCCGGGGGCGCAGGAGGCCACGGGGGCGCAGGGGGCACCGGUGCCCCAGGAGGCGGCGGAGGCGCAGGAGGCAGCGGAGGAUCAGGCAAAGGAGGUCCAGGAGGCGACGGAGGUCCAGGAGGUGACGGUGGCCGAGGAGGCACCGGAGCCCAAGGAGGCUCCCCAGGCUCAGGAGGUACCGGAGGCCCAGGAAACCCCCCCGGUAGCCCAGGUCGCCCCGGACGCCCAGGAGGCCCAUGAGGCCCCGGGAGGGGAAUAAACGUUUAGCCGCGACACCAAAUGCGUAUCUUGCGAGCGGGUGCAAGAGCAACUGUUUCAUGCAUCCGGUGGUCUGGCUUUACUUUGGCGAUUUUCUUCUUUUUUUUUUGGCAGGACGCAACAAAAAGUCACCCUUCGCGUUAUUUUCGCGGUUUUCUUCUUUUCGUGAUGACGGCAAUGAAAAGUCAUCCCUCGCGUUACAAUCGCGGUCGCAUUACAAUCGAGUAAAUGCGGUAUGUAACUCCCUGUGUACUCCUGGCCGAAAUAUUGUUUUGGUUAGUGCCGCUAUUAUCUGUUUCCAUUUUUGUGCCCAUUAACGUGACCCUUCUCUAUUAGGACUCUUCAUGUUGCGUCAGCAGCACCAAUUGCAUUAUGUGUUUCCCCUCAAAACUUUUCAAUAUACCAGAUCCUUUUCUCGACCCCUUCUCCCAUAGGUGUACCACCGAUCCUCCGCAUCACGUUCCAUUCUCUCUCUGCUGCCUUCCCAGCUCUUCCACGGAUACAUCAAGUUGCCUUACUACUAUAUGCGUAUUCACCUCUUGUUUUUUAUCCCUCGUACUGUCGUCACAGUUCCUAGAUCUGUUUCACCGGAUAGAUUCACGGAGCGACUAUAGGUCCUCGAUUCCUCUCGGUCUUGGUAUAUUUCCUAUGAUCAAGUCAUACAGCGGUUCUUCUACGCACCUGGCUGUCACCAUUCCUGUAUAGUACGGUGUGAAUAAAUAUAUAUUUGCCUCCGGGAGGUAUCUCACCCAGCUGUCCGCGAACACAACUGGUUUGAUCUGCCCCGUGAUGCUUUUCAUAGGUACCAAACAUCUCCUUACUAGCACGGUGUCCGCACCCAUGUCUCUGAAUACAGUAGCCUUCUUUUCUUCUUCUUUAUCUCUACCACUGGCAUAUCUCGCUCUUUACUCUCGACAAUGGAUGCACUUACGACCUCUGAUCUUUCCGUUUCUUCAGACCUACGAGCUUCGCGAGUUUCACUAGGGGCUAUAAUCGUUGACACUUCUCGCGGUCUGCGUUUGCAUUCCUCAGUUUUGCGUCCGCUCUUGUUACACUAUUCACAAUAUUUCCGUUCACGUUGGUCAUCACGUCCCGCACGACAAUGAAUUAAUUGCCUGAUGACCGGGACGGUCACAGAGGAAACAUCUCCACUGUCCCCUGCGCCCAUCCAUUUAGGGUUUCUCUGUCAGCUCAUUUCCCUCUAAAGUGGAAGCAUCCCUAACACCCUUUCCUAAAUUUCUCAAUACCUGCGCCUGUACAAACUGGUCUGUUUGCUCUGCCACCUCCUCCACAGUCUGUAGUUUUCUCUCUUCCAGAAAUAUGACCAAACCAUUGGUACAUCUGGGAAAGAAUUGCUCACCCACAACUUUGUCGUGACCUCCUUCAUAUAUUUUUUUCUGUUUCGGACAGCUCAAUCCACCUCUCAAAAUAGUUUGUUAGACGGCAUGCGAACUGCUUUCCCAUUUCUGAAUCUUCCGUCUUGCACAGUCUGAACUUUCCCGAAAGCCCUCAGCAGUCAACUUGAACUUCUGAAAUAAAGCUUUUUGUACUUUGU